AUGACUCCAACUGACCCCCUGACCAUCAGAUCCAGCUUUGCCCUCCUGGCCUUGGAGCUCAUUCUGCAGAAGGGGCACGUGGCCGCUGCUGACAUUGGCAAAGAAGCCUGGGUUGUGUUUGGACAUGAGUCUGCAGGAAAAUUGUUGCCCUGUGCAGUUACUGUGGGCCUGGGGCAGUGCAGAAGCAGUAUAAAAGCAGCUCCUUCUCCUCACUCUCUCAUCCACUCUUCCCAUCUCCAGCUUCUAGGGAAUAAGGUGCCUCUCCAGCCCCAAGCCAUGUCCUGCUACACCCCGUGCCGGCCCUGCCAGCCCUGCGGCCCCACCCCGCUGGCCAACAGCUGCAAUGAGCCCUGUGUCAGGCAGUGCCAGGACUCCCAUGUGGCCAUCCAGCCACCUGCUGUGCUGGUGACCCUGCCCGGCCCCAUCCUCAGCUCCUUCCCACAGAACACUGCCGUGGGAUCCUCCACCUCUGCUGCUGUUGGCAGCAUCCUCAGCUCUCAGGGAGUGCCCAUCAGCUCUGGGGGCUUUGGCCUCUCAGGCUUGGGCAGUGGCCUCUGUGGCACCAGGUCCUUCCCCUGCUAAAGCUGCUGGCCACGGCCCUGGGCAAGGAAGCCAGGGACUGCCAGGAUGGAAGCGCCCUGGGGACGCAGCAUCGGCUCUUUGCUUCCCCAGGGGCUGAGCAACCCCAGCAGCUCCUGCAGCAGGAUGGGGCCAGCCUGGGCUCCUGGCAAGCACAGCCCAUCCCUGCCUCUGCCCUCUGCCCUCUGCCCCUCUGUCCUUUCCCUCCUG